GAGGCAAGAGGACCGCCGUCCUGCGCUCUCUUCGUGUACACGUGUGUGUGUGCGCGUGUGCGCGAUUAAGGUUUCCCGGGAGAAAUAUAAUGGAUGAAUGAAGGUUAUUAUAGAGGAGUGAGAAUGAGGUAGAGAAUGAAGCACAGUGAAAUGUGUACAGCGUCCGGCAGCUCCCGCGCCAAAAACAAUAUUUACCUCUACUCAGCAACCUCAGGAUUAAAUCCCAAUAUAAACAAAAACUUGGUGAUAUUUAAAUGUUAUAACGUCCAGUAAAUGUGAGCGGGUGAGAACAUGCAAGUGUAAUAUCUGAGGAGGAGGCGACGGCGACCUACACCUGGAACAACGGAGCAGCAAGUGAGCCGCCACAAAAACCAGCACCAACUGACACUGUACCCGGCCGGCCGUGGACCACCACCACGCUGCCGGACACUGGAUGACAUGAGGAUGCUGGCAUGCAGAACAGUGGGAGGUACGAUGAGGAGGUGGCAUAAGUGGUGGUGGUGGAGGUUGUGGGCAUGGGUAUUGGUGUGGGCAUGGUUGAGGGGAGGAAGGAGGGGCUGCAAAGGAGCAGUGAUUCCCCCACGUUGGGUCAACACCACUCUCAACCCAUGUGCAAGAAACUCCUGGCAACUCCUCUACUGGCCAAUAGACAACUCCUGUCACAGGAUAUUUACACAGGGUCCCUGCGGAGACACACAAGAGUUUUACUACGAACCCAGUCAGGGUUUGGGUGCUUGCAGGUGUCCCAGGGGCUCACUCCUUUACCGUCCAACAGGCCGCUGUUACCCACAUUUCUCCAGAGGCCCUUGUUCACCCAGGCAGUACCUGGACUCUGACAAGAACAUAAUGGAGGGGAAGUGUUAUGACUUUGUAAAAUGUCCUCCACGACGUGUGUACUGGCCCCGCACCAACACUUGCUAUGAAUACCACACCCGUGGCCCCUGUCUCAAAGGAUACCUUAUCUAUGUCAACCCAAACACAGGGUUUCCAGAAUGUGGGUGUGAGCGAAAUCUGAUGUUCAGUAAUUUUUGGUCACUCACUAGCCUGUGCUUUGAGCUAUUCAAACGUGGGCCGUGUCUAGAGGGUAGCAUCUUUCUUUACAAUGCCACAAAAGGAGCCACUGAGUGCAGCUGCAGUUCCUCCAUUAUCACUAACUACCAUAAUGAGAGUGAUGGAUGUUAUGAAUUGAACCAACAAGGCCCUUGCCAGCCUGGCCAAGUUUUCACCUUUGAACCAAAUGCUAUGGCCACCCGGUGCCAAUGCCGCAAAGAUCAUGCCCUCUGGCCUCUUUCUGGUUACUGUUACAGACUUUACUCAAAAGGACCUUGUGAAAAAGGUCACGUCUUCAUGCCAGUUACUAAUGAAACAACAAGCGCAGUUGGAGAAUGCCAAUUAUACCCUUGUACUGGGACUCAGCGCUAUCACCCUGCAACAGAUUCAUGUUUCAAACUUGGAUGGCGUGGACCAUGUCCUGAAGGCCAGCUCUUCAUUUAUGAUGAAGAAUCUCCACUACGUGGCACCUGUGGAUGCACAUCUGAGCUAGUAGGCUACUGGGCUCCAGAUGAGCAAUGCUAUGAGUUAGGAAGCCGUGGACCAUGCCAACACACACAAAUACUCUCCUAUGAUAAGGCUAUAAGCAGUGUCAUUUGUACAUGUGAUUUGCGAAAGGGUUUUAUCAUGUGGCACGAUGGUCACUGUUACCGCUUGGAGACAAGAGGCCCCUGUGGUGCAGGGCUGGUAUUGGGUGUGAAGAGGUGGCGUCCAGUAAUGCCUAUCUGUACAUCACUCACUUUUUCAAUCUUCCCAGAUACCCCUUUCAUUAUCAAGGAUGUUUCAUCAAGAGAAAGCACACAUCAACAUCAUCAAGAGAGUAACAGUGUAACUGCAUCCCGUGAUAACAGUAUCUAUGCUUUAAGUGAUCUAAAUGACACUUUAGCUAUUGACACUUCAAAUGCCUCAAAUUUACAAGACCCAGAACAGAAGUCACAACUCAAAAUAGCAUCAGACAACAUCCAUAGAAGUGAACGACAGCUAGAUGAUCGGCCCAUGCAAUCCAACAUUUUCUCCUUGGGAGCCAUGGAUGCCAUGGAAGAAACAGACGACAAAAACAUUGAAUACUCCCUAGGCCGGUCUGGUCGCUCCAUGGCAGACACAGAAACAUGGAGCUUCUUUGAUGAAACACACUUCAGGAAUUCCCAAAAGUCCAGUAACACUUACUACACUGGACGGACUGAUGGCGAGAGAUCCCUGACACCCUGGUGGGGUUCUGUAGCCUCUGCCAUAUAAUAGAGGGUUCUCAAACUGUUUCCUUGUAUAGUAAUAGAGGAAGAGAUGGGGAACUCCUUCCAAUAGGGCAUUACCGCCACUAGGGCCACUGGCCCUCAUCUGUGAUAAAACUUUCCCACCAUGUGUAUGUGCUUUAUCAUCGAGCCAGCAAUGCACUGGCUGCAAAACAACAUUUUUAUGUUACAAAAUUAUGUACCAAGUGCAAUGUCCAAAAAUGCUUUGCAUCUGGUUUAUAUUUUUAAAAUAAAAAGUAUGUUUUUGUCUAAUGACUGUCAAAGUGUGGUACAGUAUAUGAUUAAAAAUUGGAAAAUCUAA